AUGGAGCUGGAAUACGAGCUGCCCAAUGCCACCGCGUUCUGGUUCUCCCCGGCUUCCCCCUUUGACAACUUCUCUGUGGAGGCACCCACCAAUGCAUCGCAGAACGCUACAGGCCAUCACUUCGACCUGACCAGCAACGCCAUCCUCACCUUCAUCUACUUCGUGGUCUGCAUCAUAGGGCUGUGCGGCAACACGCUGGUGAUAUACGUCAUCCUUCGUUAUGCCAAGAUGAAGACCAUCACCAACAUCUACAUCCUCAACCUGGCCAUCGCAGACGAGCUGUUCAUGCUUGGUCUGCCCUUCCUGGCUAUGCAGGUCGCCCUGGUACACUGGCCCUUUGGCAAAGCCAUCUGCAGAAUUGUCAUGACGGUAGAUGGGAUCAACCAGUUCACCAGUAUCUUCUGCUUGACGGUUAUGAGCGUUGACCGGUACCUGGCUGUUGUCCAUCCCAUUAAAUCUGCCAAGUGGAGGCGGCCCAGGACAGCCAAAAUGAUCAAUGUGGCCGUUUGGGGCGUCUCCCUGUUGGUGAUCAUGCCCAUCAUGAUUUAUGCUGGGGUGCAGCAUAAUCACGGCAGGAGUAGCUGCACCAUCAUCUGGCCGGGAGAGUCGGGCGCCUGGUACACGGGCUUCAUCAUCUACGCCUUCAUCUUGGGCUUCCUGGUGCCUCUCACCAUUAUCUGCCUUUGCUACUUGUUCAUCAUUAUCAAAGUCAAGUCCUCGGGCAUCAGAGUGGGCUCCUCCAAGAGGAAAAAGUCCGAGAAGAAAGUCACCAGGAUGGUCUCCAUUGUGGUCGCUGUCUUCAUCUUCUGCUGGCUCCCCUUCUACAUCUUUAACGUCUCCUCAGUCUCCGUCCUGAUCGUGCCCACGCCUGUCCUCAAGGGCAUGUUCGACUUUGUCGUGGUCCUCAGUUACGCCAACAGCUGUGCCAACCCCAUCCUUUAUGCCUUCUUGUCCGACAACUUCAAGAAGAGCUUUCAGAACGUUCUCUGCCUGGUGAAGGUCAGCGGCAUGGACGAGGCGGACCGGAGCGACAGCAAGCAGGACAAAUCCAGGCUCAACGAGACCACAGAAACCCAAAGGACCCUGCUCAAUGGUGACCUGCAGACGAGCAUCUGA